UCUCUCUCUCUCUCUCAUAUCUAGUGUCCUGCACACAUGGGUUGAUCAUUCACUCGGGCCUUCAGCCAAAGCAGCUGCUCGACGGGACGUUUCGCGAGCAGAAAAUGAUGCACUUCCACAAAACUCCAUGAGCUGAACAUCUUCCACACACACACACACACACACACAGAGUCGCCAGCAUAUGAGACAUUAAACCCGACAUUUGGGAGAGAAAUUGACGAGACUGUCAACGACGGAAACACAAGAUGGCUUAUUACGAUCCAACCCCACCGUCUCCAUCAAACGAGGUCAAUCUAGGCGCGUCCGUCAACCCUCAUGCCAAACCCACUGACUUUGACUUCCUGGCUGUGAUUGGUAAAGGGACAUUUGGGAAGGUGCUCUUAGCAAAACUGAAAGCAGAUGGAAAAUUCUACGCCGUCAAAGUUUUGCAGAAGAAGGUUAUAUUGAAGAAAAAAGAGCAAAAGAAUAUAAUGGCCGAGAGGAACGUGCUGCUCAAGAGUCUCAAACACCCGUUUCUGGUCGGGCUGCACUACUCCUUCCAGACCUCUGAGAAGCUUUAUUUUGUCCUGGAUUAUGUCAAUGGUGGAGAGCUGUUUUAUCAUCUGCAAAGAGAGCGAUGUUUCUCCGAGCCGAGAGCUCGUUUCUACACGGCUGAAGUGGCCAGUGCCAUUGGAUACCUUCACUCUCUCAAUAUAGUUUACAGAGAUCUCAAGCCAGAAAACAUUCUGUUAGACUACCAGGGCCACGUGGUGUUGACAGAUUUCGGCUUGUGUAAAGAAGGUAUAGAGCCGGAAGGAACCACAACCACCUUCUGCGGCACUCCAGAGUAUCUGGCACCUGAAGUCCUGCGGAAAGAGCCGUAUGACAGGACGGUGGACUGGUGGUGUCUCGGCGCUGUGCUCCAUGAGAUGCUUUACAGCUUACCUCCAUUCUACAGCCGGGACGUGUCUGAGAUGUACGACGCCAUCUUGCACAAACCUCUGCAUCUGCCGCCGGGAAAGUCCGAGUCGGCCUGUCUGCUGCUGUACGGCCUGCUGCAGAAAGACCAGCACCGGCGGACUGGAGCCAUCGCUGACUUCUUGGAGAUUAAAAACCAUGUGUUCUUUGCCCCCAUAAACUGGGACGACCUCUACCACAAGCGAAUCAAUCCUCCAUACAACCCCAAUGUGAGAGGCCCGGCAGACCUCCAGCACAUUGACCCAGAGUUCACCAGAGAGAUGGUGCCACACUCAGUGGGCCGCACGCCGGAGCCCACGCCCAGCCUGGCCACCAGCAGCUCCAACGCCUUCACCGGCUUCUCCUACAUCUCUGGAGAGGAUGGCUUUCUCUGAGAACAGAUGGAGGUUUCUGGACACACACACAAAAACAUGAACUGUGAAGCAGAAAUACUAGAAGAGCUCUGAGAGGUCGGACUCAUUCUGCAUCCGUAAAACACACACUGUAAAGAAUAUACGGAAAUUAGCAGUUUUCCAUAUUGUAUGAUUCGUGUUUUUAUUUUUCCACAUUUAUUAAUGCUUUUGAAUUGCAUUAUGGGAUCUUAAUCUUACUUCCAACAUUUUUAACCUCCUAAAAUUUAGAAAAAGUGGCUUAUAUUGACAUUUUCAAUAGUUUAAAGUGAUAUAUUGUACAGCUGAAGUCGGAAUUAUUAGCCCCCCUGAAUUAUUAAACAGCUUGUUUAUUUUUUUUUCUCCCAAUUUCUGUUUAGAGAGAUUUUUUUAACACAUUUCUACACAUAAUAGUUUUAAUAAUUAAUUUCUAAUCACUGAUUUAUUUUAUCUUUGCCAUGAUGACUAAAUAAUAUUUGACUAGAUCUCAUUUGAAUUUAAAGCGACAGUCACCAAAACAAUUUGGAUCAAAGCAUUAAAGGGACGGUUUCAACGAAUUAAAAAACAUUGUUUGUCAUUUAUUUUAAGCUAAAACCUCAAACACACUCUAGAGACAUCAGACACUCAAAUUACUUUUUGUAAAAAAAGGGGAAAAAGGUCCGUUUUAAAGCUGAAUAUUAAGCAUUAUUAGUUUUCAGUGUCACAUAAUCCUUUAAAUAUUCUAGUGUCAUGAUCUGCUCAAGAAGAAACAUAACUAUUGUUGCUGUUGUCAGUUUGGGAAGUUGAACACACACAGUACAAAAGUACAAAUACAUGAAUUUAAUUUUAUUCAUAACAAUUUAUCAAGAGUGAAAAAAAAAUACAUUUGAAAUGUGAAAAAUAUUGCAAAUAAAAGCUAUUAUUUUGAACAUCCAUUUUUUAAAUCAAGAAAAAAAAAUCAUUUCAGCACAAGCAAUUAUUAGUGAAUUUGUUUCAAUAAAAACAGAUCAUAAUAGAAGAGCAAAUCAUCAUAUUACAGUGAUUUCUGAAGGAUCACUUGACACUGAAGACUGAAGUAAUGAUGAAACAAUUCAGCCUUAAAUUGCACUAAUAAAUUACAUUUGAGACUACAUUUAAUACACGAACAGUUAUUUAAAACUGCAAUAAUAUUUCACAAUUAUUUAGACUAUCUUAUUUAACAUUUAUAAGAUGUUUAACAAAAUACCAAUAAAGAGAAGAAAAAAUUAGACAGAAUAACUGACAAUAAUCCCACCCCCACCCUCAGAAAAAAAAGAAAGAAAAAA